AUGGCCGACUCUACAGACGAAGACACUGCGGCAGUCCGUCGACUCUCCUACUCAGACACAGCCGAUAAGGACCUCCCAGAGCUCUACUACUUCAUGGGCAUACGCGUCCUGGAACACACGACAUCAAAUGGUGAUAUACUAGCUCUCAAGGUCAAACCACACACAAACCUGGAGCGCUCAGAAGCGGACAUGAUGCAGUAUGCUGCCACCCACGGUAUUCUGGCGCCAAAAGUCCGUGGGUGCUACGACGUUGUGACCAUGAAGCCCAGAAAGCCGCUCGCGCGUGUCUUAGUGUCAGAAAAGGUGCCCGGAGAGCCAUUGGACACCCUAUGGGAUAAGCUCAACAAGACUGAGAGAGAAUCCAUCAAGAACCAACUACGAGAGCAGUUUGCACUUAUGAGAAAAUGCACACUACCAUAUAUUGGGCGAGUUGACAACCAGCCCACUUACAAUGUGUACGAUCGACUGGAACAAACUUACUGCGGCCCCUUUGAAGAUGAAGAAGCCUUCGACAGCUGGUGUUUGAGUCGCGUCAAGAGAUCAAGCUUCACGACAUGGAAAAUGCGGCCGUACCUCGAAAAGUCUCGUGAGAAGGCAAAGGCAAACGGGACGCUGAACAGAUUCGUUCUCACUCAUGGCGAUUUGACGCCCCGGAACAUCAUGGUUGAGGAUGGACGAGUGACUGGGAUAUUGGACUGGGAGAGGAGCGGGUUCUUUCCAGAGUAUGCGGAAUAUGCAUUUGCUCUUAAGCUGGGGCAUGAGAUUGAGAAGUGGUGGGUUCCGGUGUUGAAGGAGCUGCUGGUGCCUUGUGAGAAGACGAGGUUGGAGUUGACGGGGAUGGUUGAGUAUCGGGGAUGGUAG